CUCGACCCGUCUUUUGAUCAGCUCAGAACGGAAGAAGGUGGGACGCGACGGAAAAGUAAAUUAAAGAAGGAUUUCUCGAGGGGGUGGGCAUGUUGAAGAGAAAUAAUGUUUUGUUGACAUUUGACCAGGACAGACGGCAUUACAGUUAUUAAACGGUACGUUAACAACACUUGAAGACGGACAGAACAAGGAUCCUCAGAGACUCAGGAAAGGACUGACGAGAACCACCAUGGCUUAAACCCUGUGUUCCCCACUAGACCCCUGACCCCCCCCCCCCCCCCCCUCCAGUCUCUCCCGGCCUCCCUAACCCUGUCCAUGUGAGGGGUUGGGCAGCGCCCCCCUGUCCCCCCCCGAAUCCCUCUGGAGCCAUGAUGAACCUCCAGAAGCACCAAACCAUGGGCUCUGACCGGGACCUUCAGUCCUCCUCCUCAGUCAGCCUGCCCUCCGUCAAGAAGGCCCCCAAGAAGAGACGUCUGUCCAUGGGGAACCUGUUCAGACGGCGCCGAGACCCCAAGAGGAAGUCCAUGGAGCUCCAUGGAGAAGGAGGGGUGGAUGGUAUCGCCAGCAUAGACAGCAUCCACUCAGACCUCACGCUGAAUGAUAAGAACUCUGCCUUCUCAGUGGCCGGAGCUGCCUGCACCUCCUCCCUCGGGGCGUCCUCCUCCUCCUCCUCCUCCUCCUCUUCCUCCCGGGGUCGAGAGCUGCUGGAGUGCCCUCUGUGCCUUCUACGUCACUCUAGGGACAGUUUCCCGGACAUCAUGACCUGCCACCACCGCUCCUGUGCGGAUUGCCUGCGCCAGUACUUGCGAAUAGAGAUCAGUGAGUCGCGCGUCAACAUCAGCUGUCCAGAGUGCUCUGAGCGGUUCAAUCCCCACGACAUACGCAUCAUCCUGGGAGACCAGCCCCUCAUGGAGAAGUACGAGGAGUUCAUGUUGAGACGAUGGCUGGUGACCGACCCUGACUGUCGCUGGUGCCCCGCCCCAGACUGUGGGUAUGCAGUCAUUGCCUUUGGCUGUGCCAGCUGUCCUAAGAUCACGUGUGGACGUGAGGGGUGUGGCACGGAGUUCUGUUACCACUGUAAGCAGCUGUGGCACCCCAACCAGACGUGUGAUGCGGCCCGGCAGCAGAGAGCCCAGAGCCUGAGGCUACGUACCUUCAGCUCCUCGUCUCUUAGCUACAGCCAGGAGAGUGGUGCUGCAGCCGAUGACAUCAAGCCCUGUCCGCGCUGCGCUGCUUACAUCAUCAAGAUGAACGACGGCAGUUGUAACCACAUGACCUGCGCCGUCUGUGGCUGUGAGUUCUGCUGGCUCUGCAUGAAGGAGAUCUCUGACCUGCACUACCUGAGCCCGUCAGGAUGUACCUUCUGGGGCAGGAAGCCGUGGAGCAGGAAGAAGAAGAUUCUGUGGCAGCUGGGCACGCUGGUGGGCGCUCCGGUGGGCAUCGCUCUGAUCGCUGGCAUCGCCGUCCCCGCCAUGAUCAUAGGCAUCCCUGUGUACGUGGGGAGGAAGAUCUAUAACCGCUAUGAGGGGAAGGACAUCUCUCCUCACAGGAGGAACCUGGUGAUAGUAGGAGGAGUCACUCUGUCUGUCAUCAUGUCUCCUGUGGUGGCAGCCGUCUCUGUCGGCAUCGGCGUGCCCAUCAUGCUGGCGUACGUGUACGGCGUGGUGCCCAUCUCUCUGUGUCGCAGCGGGGGCUGUGGCGUCUCCACUGGUAAUGGGAAAGGAGUCCGCAUCGAGUUCGAUGACGAGAACCAGAUGACCGCAGGGAGUGGGGCGCAAGCUACUGACACGACCUCUGUGGCGGACACCAGGAACAACCCCAGCAUCGGAGAAGGUAGCGUGGGGGGCAUGACGGGCAGUCUGAGUGCCAGCGGGAGCCACGUGGACCGGAUGGGCGCCAUGAGGGACAACCUGAGUGAGAACGCCUCCACCAUGGCCCUGGCUGGGGCCAGCAUCACCGGAUCUCUGUCUGGCAGCGCCAUGGUCAACUACCUGAACAGGUUGGAGGUCCAGGCUGAUGUUCAGAAGGAGAGGUGUAGUCUGAGUGGAGAGUCGGCCACCUUCAGCUUGGGGACCAUCAGUGACAACGCUAGCACCAAAGCAAUGGCUGGAUCCCUUCUCAACUACAGAGACGGGACCAGUAUGGAGGUGCAGGUGGACAUAGAGCCGGGUAAGUCCGCUGGUCAACUACACGACCACGCUAUGGAUGAUGGGAGAGACGCUGGGCGCUGUGGCUGGUCCUGCCACUCUGGAUGCCCCUCAGAGGGCCAGGAUGGCACCGCCAAGUCCUCCUCCUCUUCCUCGGGGAAGAAGAGUAAAAGCAAGCUGAAGAAGGGAGGAGGCUGUAAGAUCCAGGAGACGAGGGAGGAUAUGGACGCUCGUCUCCUUGAGCAGCAGAGCACCAACUCCUCAGAGUUUGACUCUCCCUACCUCAGCGGCUCUCUGCCCUCCGUAGCCGACUCUCACUCCUCCCACUUGUCAGAGUUCAGCGGCGGCUCUGACCUGGAGAUCACGAAGACGUCCUGCAGCCACGGAUCCUCGUCUGACUACCACAGCCGCUUCGCCACAGUCAGCCCUCUGCCUGAAGUAGAGGGAGACCGGCUGGAGGCGUUACCCUCACCCCGAGGUGUCCUCUCCCAGCCUCACUCCCCGGUCUCUUCGCCCUGUCCCGAGGUGUCCGUCUCCCCGAGGUGUCUGAUAGCAGAGGAAAACAUCAACCAGGUGUGUCCUACGAAGGCAGAUUGUGACUGUAUUACAGGAGGAGCCCUUCCCGUUGGACAGCUGCUGCAGGAGAACAACAACAACCUGCAGGCCCGUCCCUCCAGCCUGUUCCAGACCUCCUGUAUUCAGACUGACAUCUGACCUAAAAACACCAGUUUUUGGUUUCACAGAAUAAUUUUUUUUCUUUCUUCCCCAGAAGACAAAAGCUUUGAAUGGACAUUUCUGUCGUCCAGAAGUGUGGAGAAACCUCAGCUCAGUCAGUAGGACUUGUUUUAAUAACAGCAAGGUGAAGGCUGUUGUUUCCUGUCAUGUGACCCCUAUUGCAGUGUUCCGACUGGCUGCUGUCCCGCCUCACAAGCAGGAGUGAAAGAGACCCGUCACUGACCCCCAGGCGGACUGUCAGUCAAGCUGGGGAUCAGGACGCAACGUUCAGGAACCUUCAAGCUCUCAAAACGCCAAGUUGAACUUUAAUAUGAACCAGGCAAUACUAUCCUUCGUGUUCUCUUCAGUUUUAAAAUGAGUUUAUAAUUAAGCCACUUCUGUUAAGUGAUGAUUUGUACUUAUUAUAAUUCGAUACUAGUCCGCUGGAAGGAAUUUAAAAGCCUGGUAGUAGUUUAUCUACGGCUAGCUGAGAGGGACAAACCAUUCUAUCUACGGCUAGCUGAGAGGGACAAAGUACUGGAGCAGAGUACUGUUGCUAGGUAGAAGUAGAGCUGGGUCUCUGGAAGGCCAUGGUUUAAACAUCCCGAAGAUGGAUGAAUCACGCUGAGGGUUAAUUAUAAUAGCCACAACCCACCAAUGAGAGAGUCACUUCCUUGAAAUUGUUUAACAAAUAUUUUUCAACCGUCAGUAAAAUAAAAUUGUGCUUUUUUUUUUUUUUCAGGCUGAAGAAUCUUUCACCUCACAUAAUAAGAUAACUUUCAUAUCUGUUAUAACCAAUGGUUUAUAUAUACACUAGAUGACUGACAGGGGGCGCUGUGUUGAAGCCACCGUGCCAAAACAAUGUUUUGGAAGCUAAAGAAAUGUAUUUAUUAAUUGGUUUUAACAACAUGUAUUCCAUUACAGACACCUUAAUAUUUUUACAUUAUAUAAUGUGAGCUAAACGUACAAAUAAAAUAAUAUAUAACAUUUUCCUUUUUAGAUUCAUGUUACUGUCCCCACUAAAACAAAAAAAACAUUUGAUUGAAACACUGUAGAAUUCCAUUCAUUCCUAUGGAGGCCUGCUCCUAAUGGAGAGAGCCAAUAUGGCCGACCGGUGGCUUCAAAGCAUCUCAAUGGCCAACACAUAACAACAUCAGUAAUCCAUCCCCUACUGGGGAGAGCCAAUAUGGCCGACCGGUGGCUUCAAAGCAUCUCAAUGGCCAACACAUAACAUCAGUAAUCCAUCCCCUACUGGGGAGAGCCAAUAUGGCCGACCGGUGGCUUCAAAGCAUCUCAAUGGCCAACACAUAACAUCAGUAAUCCAUCCCCUACUGGGGAGAGCCAAUAUGGCCGACCGGUGGCUUCAAAGCAUCUCAAUGGCCAACACAUAACAUCAGUAAUCCAUCCCCUACUGGGGAGAGCCAAUAUGGCCGACCGGUGGCUUCAAAGCAUCUCAAUGGCCAACACAUAACAUCAGUAAUCCAUCCCCUACUGGGGAGAGCCAAUAUGGCCGACCGGUGGCUUCAAAGCAUCUCAAUGGCCAACACAUAACAUCAGUAAUCCAUCCCCUACUGGGGAGAGCCAAUAUGGCCGACCGGUGGCUUCAAAGCAUCUCAAUGGCCAAUACAUAACAUCAGUAAUCCAUCCCCUACUGGGGAGAGCCAAUAUGGCCAACCGGUGGCUUCAAAGCAUCUCAAUGGCCAAUACAUAACAUCAGUAAUCCAUCCCCUACUGGGGAGAGCCAAUAUGGCCGACCGAUGGCUUCAAAGCAUCUCAAUGGCCAAUACAUAACAUCAGUAAUCCAUCCCCUACUGGGGAGAGCCAAUAUGGCCGACCGGUGGCUUCAAAGCAUCUCAAUGGCCAACACAUAACAUCAAAAAUCCAGGGUUUAUAUACGUUGGUUAUUACUCAUUGUGCCUUUUUGAAAAGGAAAAGCUGUUUUUCCUCUUUCUAAUCGUCUGCAUCUCUCCACCUCCUUCUAGACUUUAAAAAGCUAAAACAACAGAUGUCAGAUGGUCUCUCUCGACCAUGCCAGGAGAGAUACUAGACGAGUAGGGCUUCAUAAUACUGUGGUAGACUUUACACGUCUUGUUCAAUUGCCUACCAAAGACAGCACUCAGGCUCUUGAGAACUCUUGUUCCUGGUAACCCUUGACGACGUCUGUUUUGUCAUCCCCCAGACUACUCCACCUGGUGCAGCAUGUCUACACCAUGUGGUUAAACAUGUCAAAAUAAACACAGGAAUAUAUACAGGCUGCUUGUUUGUUGUUGUUGUCUAAUACGCUUUACAAAUGCUACGCAAAUAACAGGAGGCCAGAGUCUCCUGCUGUUAACCAGACUGGUUCCAUAAAUGUACUGCAAUGCUCAGAGUGUAUGUACGGGGAUAUCAUCAGUUGACCCCUAUUCCUGUCUGUGUCUCAAAUGACAGUCUAUUCCCCGACACAGUGCACAGGUAGUGUACUAUCUAGAGAGUAGUGUGCCAUCAGGGCCGCAUGGCGUCUGUUCCGUGUCUCCUGCCGGUCUGUGAAGACAUGUGGCUGAAUGAUGACAUCUCUGGACUGAUUUAAAUGCUGCUGCCUCUCCUCCCCUCACACACGUUGUCUGUGUUUAUUCCCUGAUUCAUUCUCUGCACUGUCCAUUUCCUGUUGGUUUAAUUCUCUGCACUGUCCAUUUCCUGUUGGUUUAAUUCUCUGCCCUGUCCAUUUCCUGUUGGUUUAAUUCUCUGCACUGUCCAUUUCCUGUUGGUGUAAUUCUCUGCACUGUCCAUUUCCUGUUGGUUUAAUUCUCUGCCCUGUCCAUUUCCUGUUGGUUUAAUUCUCUGCCCUGUCCAUUUCCUGUUGGUUUAAUUCUCUGCCCUUCCCAUUUCCUUUCCUAUACUUUAAACACUAGUGCCAGUUAGAUUUUCUAAUUUGUGCAGAAUGACAUUAUCCUGUCCCCAGAUCUGUGUUUGAUGUGGUAAUGACCAAAGGAGAUGGACAGAGGACACACACAGAUCUGGGACCAGGCUAGAAUGGCAUUUAAAGGUAUCUGUAUAUUAGUUUGCUAAUUUCCUUUUACAAUGUGUGUAAAAUGCAUAUCUAAAAAAAUAAAUAUCUCUUAAACUUUU